AUGAAGACGCCGGAGACUCAGCCUGAUCUGAUGGGGCUGAUAAGGUCUGCAGUGAACUCUCUGCAUCGCUUGUCGUCAUCAAGAAACAUGAAGUCGAGAUACUGCUACAAGAAGAUGGCCCAGGAGCUAGACAAGAUUGAAGGGCCUCUGCAUUCAUUGAGUAGUCUGAAGAGCAUUAAGUGGGGCGGAGAUAAGGUAAUUGGUAAGAUUCAGGAGUUUAUAGAUAAAAAAGUUGUAGAAAACAUAAAGACAGAAAGCGACCUUGAAAGGUAUCUAAAUAUCAUUUCACCAGCUGCCUAUGAUGAUGCGAAAAGAAGGUUGGUGGGUAGAAGCGUUGAAGACCAUGGAUGUAGGGAUGGGCCCUGCUUGGGGGCCAAGGACUACGCUUGUAGAAGGAGAAAGUACAUCCCGGGAUAUAGAACAGGGGGCUAUGCGAUAAUGAAAGCGCUGUGGAUAAGAGAAGGGGUUACUAAGCAUGAGAUAGCACAGAUAGGAAGAAACUACUGCGAUGCCGAGUUUGACUUUGUCUCCAGGCACUCAGCUUGGUCCUCCAUGAAGACACUGGUUAAAAAGGGACUUGUAUAUAGAGAGGGAAGAUCGAAAUUUUAUCUCACGGAUGAGGGGAGAGAGCUGGCAACAACUAUGUUUGCAAAUACAUCUGUUGUUGAGGAGGAGGAAGAGGUUACGCUUAUAAUAGAUGCUAGGGAAAUCAAGAAUAGGAGAUCCAGGCUAUUUUUCCAAGAAUACUUUGAGUUGAGGCAGGUUAAGCACGAAACCAGGGUUCUCGAGGCUGGGGACUUUCUCUGGGUUAGGGGUGAGAGGGUAUGCAGCUCGAUAAUAGAAAGGAAAAGAGGAAGCGACUUUGUGAGCAGCAUAAUGGAUGGAAGGUUUAAGGAGCAAAAGAAUAGGUUAAGAAAUAGCGGGAUAAGAAGAAUUUUCUAUGUUGUAGAAGGGUUGAAGAACAUCCAUAUGCAGAAGGUGGGGAAGGAGCUUGUGAUGUCGUGCUUGACUGCAACGAAACUGGAGGGGUUUAUUGUUAUAGAGACAAGGGACAUAGUCCAGACAAGCUCCGUCAUUCAUAUGAUAGAUCGUGAAGUGAGAGGAGAGUGCGAAAAAAAGGCAAAGGCCAUGGAAGGAACAGAAGACCACAGGGAACGUGAUGGCCACCUAAAUAUCAGUAUGAAUGUGGGCGAGGAGACGGAGAUGAGCUAUGGAAGCUUUAUUGAUAGGAGCUCCAAGGGAAAAGGAAGGACCUUGACCUACCUCCUUUAUAUGUCUCUGCUUUCAAUCAAAGGAAUGGGCCACAGGAGGGCUUAUGCACUCGCUGAACACUACAAAACAAUCGGGGAGCUGAUCAGGAGGCUAGAAGUUGAUGGGAGAGAUAAGCUCUAUGGCUUUGAAGUGGAUGGAAGGAAGAUACCCAGGAGGAGUGCUAACAGCGUAAUAGAGUUUUUUCUGGAGUAG